AUGGGUGGCGUUCAACUACUUACUGUGAUAUCAACAGCAUUUAGUCGUCCACAGACCGCUACAGAAAUCGUACGAGGUAUCGCAUCGGGUUUAAAGAUAGCCUUUCGACUCAAUGGAGCAACAACAAACUUCCUGGAUUUUCGGCAGGAUGUUAUUAGUGAAACGACACUAAGAACCGAGUUUAUGAACUUGUUCAACAUUCGAUGUCCGCCAUCAUUGAACAAUCAACAAGCAGCACCGUCUAUUGUGUACAUAAAUGAAUUUGAAAUCUCAAGCCCAUAUGAUGAAACAUUCAUCAUUACAGACAUGGCUUUCUGUGGUCGUAGAGCACUCACAAACUCAAACGAGUACCUUGUUAAUGGAAAUACAUUGAAUGCCGAAUAUAUGUGCUUUGCUUAUAAGAUUACCACGAGGAACCCUAUUUUUAUGAAUUUUCAAGUUCAAAUUGAUGAAGAUCCACCAGUUAUCGAACAUAUAUUGCUAACUCUAAGGAAUGAUUCACGUUGGCAUUACAAAUGCAUUAAUCUACGUGACAUGCUUGAGGAGUAUUCUACUAUGUACAUGAUUGCAGAUUUGUUUUUGAUCAGUCGAGUCUAUCUCGACUACUAUGUUCCAUCAAGUGUCAUGAUUGACACUGUCACAUUACGUGACUCCUUACCCAUUGGAUACGAAGAAGACAAUAUGAUUAUGUCAACCGAUCAAUCGUCCACAGGUCUAUGUAGAUUUCCAUUCUUUUACAACGGCCAAAAUCACUCGUCAUGCAUACUUGAUGAAGACGAUAUGCCCAUUUGUGGUUUAACUCCGAAUACAAAGUUUUAUUGUCAAAAUUCAUCAAUCGAAGGUGUUCGACGACUCUUUCCGAAAUAUCAGUUGCUCGAUAAUUCAUUCCAUAUAGCACAUUCAACAAUGAACCAUACUAUUGAUAUUUUCUUUCGAUAUACGGCAUGCAUGUCACCAUCAUUGAUCGAAGUAUUACCUCCAACUGUUGGCCAAGCGAUCUCAAUCACAAAUGCAUCAAAGCCAGUCGAUGGACAGUAUUCUAUAAUGUUCAAUGGACAACUAUAUUAUCCGAUUCCUGCGAAAAUAACUGAAUCAAAUUUGGCCAAUCUACUUCAAUCAUUUUCCGAUUUUGGCUUUGUAGAUGUUGCUCGUACAGGAGAGUGUGCUCAGUAUUCAUAUACGAUCCAAUGGUUAGCCAAUGGUGAACAACCGCUUAUCUCAAUCGCAAAUUCAUCUGAAGUAAAACCAAUUGAUGCCCCAAUGACCGUUUUGUCAAUACGACAUGGUAGUACUAUUAGUGUAUUUUAUAAUCUUCCGAAUGAUUUACUACGAACCUAUCAUACGACUCCUCAGGUGGAGGUGCUUGUUGGUGGCUUUCCGUCUUAUUGUUCAAACGAGAAUAAUAACUGUGGAUUUCAAUGGUCGAUCGAUCACACACCUACAAUCAUAUCCGUUGAACAGAAUGGAAUAAUGGUGACUAUCCAUGGUACUGGAUUUAGUACCGAGCUCGAAGCAAAUAUUAUUUUAAUCGGUAAAAAUGGUUCAUGCGACGUCCUAUCAGUCAAUACGACAUUGAUCAUCUGCACCAUUGUCAACGCACCAUCUGGUCGACAGGUUUUACAACUGAACAUUGCCGACAAAGGUCUUGCGGCAAGUAACGAAAGCUUCAUAGUAGACGUGCCGCUGUUAAUCACUUCAUUUGAUCCAACUGGAGGAGAUGCCGGUGGAGGCUACCAAUUGACAAUCUUCGGAAGUGGAUUUUCAUCGAAUGCCUUAAUUACGCUUGGCGAACACUUCUGUGAAAACUUGACUGUUGUUAAUUUUACUUCAAUCAAAUGCACUGUUCCUCCAAGUAGUAGUAUGAGUUUGAUUCGGGUGACGGUAACUGCCAUUGAUGGCUUAAAUUUGGCUACUGCAUCUGGGCAAUUUACGUAUAAUUCGACAAAUACGCCGACUAUUUAUGCUAUUGAUCCGACUUUUGUGACGAUUCUUGGUGGGCUAUUAAACAUUAGUGGCACCGGAUUCGGCAGCGAUAACGUUUCGGUUUUUAUUGAUACAAUCAGUGCUCGUGUUUUAGACUCAUCAAACAAUUAUAUUCUAGUGAAUUUGAGUACACAACCACCUGGGCUUUAUUCGAUCAUGGUUCGUACUUCAAUGGGUUUUGCACGACCUCUGUUUCAUAUUGAAUACAGAUUCUAUGUACAAGAAGUGUCACCUCAAGUUGGCUCGGCCUAUGGUGGCACCGAUCUUUAUGUUCAAGGAGCAGGCUUUGAAAAUGGAACACGUAUUCAACUCCGUGAUCGAAGCAAUCGUCUCUUUCCUUGCAACAUUGUUUUAAUUCAAUCGAAUCAAAUUCAUUGUCAAACAGCGUCUACUGCUCGUCAAGUUACAAUCACAUCGAAUGGUAUUCAUCCGACAUUUGGCUUUGGUUAUGCUUGGUUUCCUAGUCGUGAAACAGUGCAACAAGGAACCGUUGUUACCUGGUAUUGGAGUUCAGCCGAACUUCGUUCGCCAGUUUAUUACAAGAUACAACAAGUAGCAAAUGCGUACAGUACUGAACUAGCACCAAACGGAUUUGAUUCUGGUUCAGCGACAUCAUCUGGUUCAUUUUCUUAUCAAUUUGAUACCAUGGGUACUUUCUAUUAUUGGGCACCAAAUAUUGAUCCAUCUAGCGGAUAUUCAAUGAGAGGUGUGAUUGAUGUCGUAGCCUUAGAACCUGAGGUAAUGACUGUGGAAACUAUUUUGGAUAAGUUUACCGGUAAGUGUCAACAGGCAUUUCUUGAAACGAGAAGUCAUUUUCAUUCGUUAGCUCAAACAUGUGCAUUUCCAUUUACUUUCGCUUCGGUCAACUACACGGCGUGUACUUCAGUGAACGAUACACAAUUGUGGUGUUCACCAACAUCAAUCUAUACCGGUCAAAGGCUCUAUUGCAGUCCAACAGGUAUGCUCAUUGUUCGAGUAGAAGAUGAACAAAAUAUUUCAUUAUAUAGAAAUGUCGUAACCAUGGUGUGA